AAGAAACAAUGACAAUGGCUGACAUGGAGACGUUUGUGUACGAUAGUGGCGGAGAACACGGGGAAGAGGAGGCAGAAAGUUCUGAAAGGAGUGGAAAUGAAGACAAAGGGGAUGGCGCAGGACAGGGUUUACCGGGAGGAGGCAGACACGCAUUACAGAGACAAGAUUCGAAACACAAGAGGAAGAAACACAAGCACCGCAGCAAGCACCGAAAACACAAACACCCCUCUCCCGAAGACAAGGACGGCAGGCACAAGCACAGGCACAAACACAAGAAGCGCAGACGCAGAGACUCUGUGAAAGGAGAUGCCGGCGCCACCGUGGCAGACAACAACAACGCUCCCGUGGGCGUGGGCGAGGGCGAGGGUGAGGAGGAGGACGAAGAGGGGGGGCUCUCUCCCUUCUCGCAGAAGUCGCCCCAGCUGGAUGACCUGGCCGCCCUGGAGGACCUGGAGAAGCAGAGAGCCUUGAUCCAGGCCGCGCUGGACAGCGAGCUGAUGGAGGGCAGGGUCCACUCCGGCAUGGGGCUCAUCCUGCAGGGCUACAACUCGGAGGAGGAGACCGAGUUCCAGGACAGGGUGCACAACGGAGAUCCUGGGGUGCGGGGGCCGGACUGCUCUCAGGCAGCGAGGGACAUGGCACGCAGGAGCAGGUGGGACUUUGGCGCUGCUGGUGGAGAAGCCGGCGGUUUCGCCUCCAGCUCCAGGCAUCGCAGCCGAAGCCGGUCAAGGGAACGCCCAGCGAAGCCGUCUAGGGAAGAGAGGAGACGGAGCAAAGGGGGGGAAGGUGCAGAGUCCGACGGCAGGGCCCACGAGAGAGCCCACAGACGGUCCCAGGAAAGGAACUCCCAAAACAGUUCAGAACAAUCCAAGGCACCGAGGACGUCUGCAGAGAACGUCAGCCAACCCUCGCAGUCCCCCGAAGAGCAUGUUAGGAGCAGCGCCGUGAAAAUCCCCCCCGAACGCUCUUCAGUGUCCAAGGAAGAUGAGAAGUCGGCCCGGGCGAAAUCGGGCGAGGCCAGGAGCCAGGUCAGGGCCAGACAGUCCAGCUCUAGAGAGAGGAGAGCCCGCAGGUUGUCCGAGUCCGACAAGGAACGGGACAAGGACAAGGACAAGAGGCCAGACAAGUCUCCGUCCAAAGACGUGCCAUUGGGGAGAGACAACCGAUCGCCUGCCCGCCAUAAGCAGGGGCCCAGCCCCAGGCAACACAGCGCCUCCCCCAGGAGACGGGAGCAUCACUCCCCGCAGCGUGCCGAGCGGAGGCCUGGUCAAGGCCCAUUGGCAUCCCGCCACAGAUCUCCAGGCAGGAGGGGGCGAUCACGCUCUCCAGAGAGGAGACGGAGAGAUGGAGACGGUCCCAGAUCCAACUCACCUGUCAGACCACGACCAUGGGAUGACAUGGCAAUGCGAGACAGAGAGGGGGGCAGGGAGCUGGCAGGUGGCAGACGCAGGCCCAGCCGCUCCCCCUUGAGGUCCCGCUCACCCAGGAGACGGCUCAGCAGGUCGCCUCUGAGACGCAGGUCUAUGGACCGGGACAGAAUGGGCCGUGGCUCACAUCGGCACUCAGGCCCGUGGGAGCGCCCGGGGAGACGCCACCGAGACCAAGAGGACAAGUUCAAGGGCAGCCUGUCCGAGGGAAUGAAGGCAGAGCAGGACGACUCCGAUGAUGAAGUGCUGUUGGACUAUGAGGUUGAUGAAGAGGAUGAGGAGGCCCUCAUUGAGCAGAGAAGACUGCAGCGUCUGGCCAUUAUACAGAAGUACAAGGGCGGUAACGAGGACAGCAACAUGUCGGGGACGUCGGAGCCCGGCAGUCCCCAGAGCAGCCCGCGCAGCCGCUCUCCGUCGCCCGACGACAUCCUGGAGAGGGUGGCCGCAGACGUCAAGGAGUACGAGCUGGAGAACCUCGACACCUUCGAGGCCAACGUCAUGGCCAAGCAGAACCUCCUCGCGCAGGAGAAAGAAGGGUCCGGCGCAAAGAAGCCUUCGGCCCCGGAUAUGUUUACGGAGUCCGAUGACAUGUUUACUGCCUAUUUUGAUAGUGCCAGGCUCCGAGCAGCUGGCAUUGGCAAAGACUUCAAGGAGAACCCCAACCUCAAGGACAACUGGACAGAUGCGGAGGGCUACUACCGGCUUAACAUUGGCGAGAUGUUGGACAAGAGGUACAGUGUGUAUGGAUACACAGGGCAAGGCGUCUUCAGUAACGUGAUCCGUGCCAGAGACACGGCCCGAGCCAAUCAGGAGGUGGCCAUCAAGAUCAUCCGCAACAACGAGCUCAUGCAGAAAACAGGACUCAAAGAGUUGGAGUACCUGAAGAAGCUGAACGAUGCCGACCCCGAUGACAAGUUCCACUGUGUGCGCCUCUUCAGGCACUUCUACCACAAGCAGCACCUGUGCCUGGUGUUCGAGCCUCUUAGCAUGAACCUCCGUGAGGUGCUGAAGAAGUACGGUAAAGACGUGGGCCUGCACAUCAAGGCGGUGCGCUCCUACAGCCAGCAGCUCUUCCUGGCCCUCAAGCUGCUCAAGAGAUGCAACAUCCUGCACGCUGACAUCAAGCCGGACAACAUACUGGUAAAUGAGUCCAAGACCAUUCUUAAGCUGUGUGACUUUGGCUCGGCCUCCCAUGUGGCAGACAAUGACAUCACCCCGUACCUGGUCAGCCGUUUCUACCGGGCGCCCGAGAUUAUUAUUGGAAAGCCGUACGAUUAUGGGAUUGACAUGUGGUCUGUGGGCUGCACCCUCUAUGAGCUGUACACAGGCAAAAUCCUUUUUGCUGGGAAGACCAACAACCAUAUGCUGAAGCUCGCCAUGGACCUAAAGGGGAAGAUGCCAAACAAGAUGGCUAGGAAAGGCUUGUUCAAGGACCAGCACUUUGAUCAAAAUUUAAACUUCUUGUACAAGGAAGUAGAUAAGGUUACGGAGAGAGAGAAAGUCACCAUCAUCAGCACCAUUCACUCUCAGAAGGACCUGCUGCCGGACAUGAUCGGGCAACAGCGGCUCCCGGAGGACCAGCGCAAGAAGGUCUUGCAGCUGAAGGACAUGCUGGACCAGAUCCUCAUGCUGGACCCUGCCAAGAGGAUCACCAUCAACCAGGCGCUGCAGCACCCCUUCAUCCAGGAGAAGAUCAUCUGACCUGUAUCAUCGGACCCUCUCUACUCUCCGCAGUGCAGUGCCGCUCAGUGCAACGCAGCUCAGCUCAGCUCAGCACACCACACCGGACUGAUGAGGACACUCACUCACACUUAAGUACAAACUUUGCCCAAAAACACUGCUGCAAAAAUCAGUGUAUUUGUAUAUCUGCCAGGCUUUCUUUUUUUCUAAGCUUCUUGUUCGACGUUUUUGUUGUUUUUUUUCCUGGGCGCGUAUUCAGUAUGUAUCAAAAUGCAUCAGGGGUGUAGACUAUAUGUUUUAGUUUGUCUGUUAAAGAUGGGCUGUAGGAUUUGGUGCUUUAUUCUGCUUGAAGUCCAUAUUUUGCUGAAUGAUAUGUUGAAAUGAAGCUAUGUUUUGCCACAAGUGUUAGAUGAGCUUAGCCAUUCAUUUGCUGUUUGCAGACUCUAAAAUCUGUAAAUAUUCUUUUCAUGAACAUGUUUUAGAGUAGACAAGAGGACUGUAGUCACUGGCAAUAUUUAAACAUCAGUGAUGCUCUAGCACAAAUGCAAAAUGUCACUGGGGCUUAACUCUUUGUGCGCUGUAUCUGAAGAGUCAAAACGCCACACCACCUGUGUAUGCUGUAGGGUGAGGUGCACAGUCAUUGGUGGUGGGCUGAAAGACCGGCAUAAAUGCUGUACAUGUCCAUGUCUCCUUCAGGUGUGAGAGCCAGAGCGCCCUCAGUUUGCAGGCCCGUGCGCAUGUCCUCGCUGUCGUUGUGUCUCUACCCGAAUUGGUAUCUCUGGGGGAGGUCCGGAUGGUAACCACCUGCAAGGGAACGACUCCUCUAUUCAGGCAGGUUGUGUGUGCUGCUUUCAGUACACUGAAGGCAAGUAUACCCCGACCUCCCCUCUCAGAGGACCUCGGCCAGUCUCUCUGUCCUCAUGUACUUGCCACGUUUUAUAAGAUGUGUCACCUGGGUGUCCUUUUAACUCUUUGUUUGGAUUUUUUCGAGGUAUACAUGCAUGUGUCAGGAAGAUAAUAAUGGAACACGACAGGGAGUCGUCCAUCUUUUUUUAGAUGGUGUUACUCUGUUGUUUUUCCUCUUGACCGUAAUCCAAAAUUCAUAUGUAAAGGAUGUUGCAUCCCCAAUUCAGCAGACAGCUGGACAAAGCUGGCAACACUUAAGAAAGUCAGAAGACAGGCAUUCGGGGCUGGGUGAAUGGUGGUACAUUCAUUUUCUUAAAACAUACCUCUGAAAUGGGCGGAACUGCAUGUUGACAUGUCCAAUCUAGUCAAUUCACCUGCGCUUUCCACCAUGUUUCGUCCUAAAUUGUUCGAAAACAAAAGGUUGCAAAUGGUGCGGCUGUUUUUCUAAAUGCUUCUGUUGUCUUCUAUAUUGCAUUUAUCUGUGUUUGUGACCAUGUUGUCUUUUGAUACAGGGAUAUUCCUGAAUCUGGUGUUUGAAUCUGCUUGUUAUGAGCGGUAAUUGCCUCUUUAAUUUACUUCUUCAGCAAUGUUUAGACCACCUUUGUAAGUGCUGUGUAUAUAUAUGUAUACCGAAAUGAAGAGUAAAAUACACCAAAGUAGCAGCCCUUAUAGUACAAACUAGUAAAUGUUAAGCAGACCUUUUUUUAUUUAUUUUUAUUUUAUUUUUCAUUCACUUGUGCAUGUCAACUCAGCAGUUUUGCAAUUCAUUGUAAAUACACAGUGAAUGUGAUCUAUUAAAGGACAAAAAAAUAAAAGAUGUUUUUGUGAUGAGCAUAACGAAAAAAGAAAUCACAAAGAUCACUGUGUCUCUCAUUUUGAAACUGAACAACCAGUUUCACCAAUGAUUUCCUUGAUUUCAAUAAUGACCAAAACUGAAAUCAAAACAAAAGAAAGUCAAAGAUUCGCCCUAUGCCCUUUAGAAUUGUGUGCAUUGCAUUGCAGGAAAGCAGUAGAGCAUCCAGCUGUGUUUCCCACCUCUAACUACUAUUUGUGAUGUUUCUCCCCGCUGUACCCCCCCACCCCUGCCCUGCCCUGCCCUGUCCUGGCCCCCCCUGGUUGCCGAGAGAGCGUCAGAGAGGCCCUGUGAGCCUCUGCCUGGCCCACCGCCUGGCCUGGCACGGCAGCCUCUACUCAGUCUGAGACGACGCCUCCGCAAAGCCACUCAUCCAGGUCAUGUCUAGUGGCAUGUGUAGAUGAGUGCCUCAAAAGCAAUAUUGUUUUAAUAAGAUGUACAGUCACACACAGGAUAUUGAAUGGGCUGAACACCAAGUUAUUUUACAGUGUGAGAGAAAAUCAGUGUCAUGGUGUUGUGAUUUUGGUCUUGCAAAUACAGCAAAAUAUGUGUUCUACUGUUACUGGGAGUUGUAAUAGAGCAAAACACAAUAUUAAAUAAGACUAGCCCACUAUGUAAAAAAAAGUCUUGCAUAACAACUGCUAUGCUACUAUGGAAAAAAAAAACAUUGUACACAAAAACUGCAUAUUCAGAUACUUCAGUCUGCUGUUUCCCUGAAAUCAUUCAGCAAGAUGCUGGUUUACGUAUUCUCUGUUUUAGGUGCAGGCCCUUAGAGAAGUCUCACAGGGAACCACUACUGGACAAAGGUUUCUGAUCUAGAGAGAGCUCUUUUUAAGUUUUAAUAUGACUGCACUCUGCCAUUAUUUCUGACCCCUUACACAUACAGUAGCUGGUAGGAAAUAUCAUAGGAAUAUAAAAGCAUACUUGUAGAGCACAAAAUCCAUAACGCUAAAUUCUCAAAAUUUUAAAUGGAGAAAAAUUGACAUGGUGAUAUUACCACUUUUGAUACAUUAUUAAUAAUGUGGUAUAUCUAUACCAAGUGAGCAACAUUUGAGGUAAUGCCUUUUCAAUCCUUUGUUACUGAAAAAUCUCUACAGAAGUCUCUACAACUGUUUAUACCAUUGUAAUCGUGUGUAUUUGUGUUUUCCAGGGUAAGUUGCCGCUUCCCAUUUUGGGCCAUACAAGACCUCAAGUCCAGAUUUCCUUGCUGCGCAGUUAUUUUUGUGGAGUAUGAUUCUACUAUAAUUGCUUAUGUAAAUGGUGAUGAAGAUAAAUGAUUCUUUCAAAUAUGAUCUAUGCAUAAAAACUGAACAUAAAAAAAAUAAAGUAAUGAUUGUUACCUUUUA